GAAGUGGAAGAGCAGGUUGGGUGUUAGAUUCCAGAUGGCGUGUGCUUCUAGCAGCAGCGUGGAGGAGCAGCCACCAGCACUGCCUGUCAAACAGCACAGGCAUUCCAGCGUGGAGUCUGACUUCAGCCCUGUUGGACUACAGCAUCAAACCUCUGCAUACAAUGAUGUCUUUCCUGAACCCACUGAUUGUAAUGCAGCCCAGUGCCCCAUACACCAACGUUACGAUCCCUCCAGACACCUCGAAAGAUUUUUCUCUGAUGGCACCCCUCCGCCUGUCCCAAAGAAGAGGUUAGCUCGCACCUUAUCUUUCCCUGCCACCCACAUGCCUUCCUUCACUCCCGUGCCACCCCUCUCUCCUCUGCAAAGAUGCCCCCAAAACUUUGACAACCCACUGUACAUGAUGCCACGCAUACCUGAUUGUUUUUUCCAAGAGGAAGCAGAAGAGAUCAAACCAGCCACAAGAAGUCCUGUCACCGUAGUGUCCUUCUCCCAGCUGUCAUUUGAUACUCCAGAUGAACAUCUUCCCUACCUCUUCAACAGUUUUGUCGACCAGGGGGCUGUUUCUCAUGGGAUUCAGCAUCGCCAUCUACUCUUUCUUAGAAGCAUGGCACAGACUGUGGAGGCAAGGUGCCUGCUAGAAGCCUCCGAAAGGGAUCUGAGUUCAUACCAGCCUCAGGAUUUUCUGCUGCGUGAGGGCAGCAAGCCAAAGCAGAUUGGAAACAUGACUUACCACAGCCUGCACAGUCCUAAGUUCCCAGGGAGAGUGUUUGGUUUAAGGGUACACAAACAGACUGAUGAGGUUUUCUCAGCUCACAUCCAGCGACAGCCAUCACAUGUCAAUGUGCAAGAUGUUAUAGCUUAUUUCCAGUCCAACAAUAUCUACAAAAACAGUGAAAGCACAUCACAAACUCAAGAUCCCGCAGCAGGCUCUUUUCCACCAAAGUCAGACUGCAGUCCUGCUAAACCACCAGGUGGAAGCAGCACUGAAUGUGCUGCAGAACCUGUGAACCUGAGCGAGCUCACAGUUCAAUCUUCCCUCCAGAAAGGGCGCACUGUGAGCGUUGAGAGAGACCUGCCACGCGCCACCCUAGAGGACUUUGUUAAAGAUAGCUGCUUGCUACAGAACACAGAGUCUCUGCAUUAUUAUAGGCAGGUGUGUGCUCUGUUGCUGCAAAUAUUAAUGGGAUCACACCAUCUGUACAGUAACAGUGGCACUGCAGCUCUGCUCAAACCCCGAGAGAUCCUUCUAGUGUGGCCUCAUGAGAAGGACAAGGGAGAGAACAGCUUGAAUGAGGAUGACUCUGAGGUGAAGGAAGGUUUCAAGACCAACAGACAGAAAGAAGAAAUGGAGCGUGAAAACACACAAGAAAAAGGAAGGACUCAGAUGUUAUGGAAGACACAAGGUUGUCCUCGUGUCGCGCUAAUGCCACAGACGUCCUCUCAACCCCUCAUCUCAAUCAAAUUGCAAAUCAGAGAUUUAAUUCAGUACUGCUUGCACCCGCAAAAGAGCCCAGCAUCUCUGAGUUCAGUUCCAGAUCUGUGCAAAUCCUUCUACCAAAACGGGCUUCUUCAUCUGUCCUCUCUGCUUCAGCGCGACAGUGGUCCCCAGAUGACAAACAUGGUAGCCAUGCUUCAGGUGCUCCUCUGGGGUCCACACAUCUCUCUCUUCAAUCAAGGAGGCCCUUCAACCAACCUGAUACAUAACUGGCUGACAAUCAAGCGGGCCCUGCUGGUUAUGAAGUUGGCAGAGAGGGGGCUGAUCCAAGAUCAGUCUCUUCUGGGCUGGGAGGACUGCAUGUGCUUGCAGUAUCUGUCAUUUACAGACUCUGAGACAAUUAUGAGUGUGGUCAAUCAGCUGUGGCACACUGUGAACCCUGAGCAAUGUUUAUAGUCAAUAUAUGAUAACCUGUUGCUAACAAUGGACUCCUUUGAUGACUCCUGCAGUGCAUCAGGCCAGCACGUUAAGGUCUAAGUGUGCAUUAUGUUUAAAGUGAACAAGUUUUGACUGAGAAAAAGUCCAAUUCAGUGCUUUCUCUUUUAUUUCCUGUUCAUGCACUGUACUUCAUAGUGUAAAACAUGUCUAAUAAAAAGGCUCCACUAGUUAAUAAAGGCAUUUUUUUGUCAGCUUCAGUUGAAUUUUACAUUACGUUACAGUUUUACUCAUGUUGUGAAAAAA